AUGAAGCGGUACAUCUUCCGUCGAACUGUGGAGGGGAUCCACAUCAUCCAGCUCGGAAAGACCUGGGAGAAGAUCCAAGUGGCUGCGAGAAUUAUUGUGGCCAUCGAGAACCCGCUUGACAUCAUUGUCGCCUCACAGCGACCAUACGGUUCCCGCGCCGUGCUGAAGUUUAGUCAAUACACUGGUGCGAACCCCUUGGCCGGCAGAUGGACACCAGGUACUCUCACGAACCAGAUCACGCAGAAGUAUUUGGAGCCUAGGCUUCUCAUCGUGACGGACCCCCGCACGGACAACCAGGCCAUCAAAGAAGCCGCUUAUGCCAGCAUCCCGGUGAUUGCGCUGUGCGACACCGACUCUCCGCUGGACAACGUGGAUGUAGCGAUCCCUGCCAACAACAAGGGUAAGGAGUCCAUCGCGCUGCUCUACUGGAUGCUGGCAAGGGAGGUGCAGUACCUCCGUGGCCGCAUUCCUCGAAAUCAGCCUUGGGACGUCAUGGUCGACUCUUUCUUCUGGAGGGAUCCAGAGGAGGUGAUGCAGGACGACGAGCCCGAGCAUCACAUGUCCGUGUCUCAGAACUACGGCCCCCAGCAGGAGUGGGCACCUCCGGCUGCCUGGGAAGGUGCUGGUGGUGGUGGCAAUUGGGACGACAUGACUCGCGAUGCUGCAGCCUGGAAUGCACCGGCGGCGGGAGGCAAUCCAGAUGACUGGGGCGCACCAGCGGCCCAAAACCAGAGCAGUUGGUGA